AUGGCAUACAGUGGCCAGAGCCAGAAAGCACAGAAGGUGAUGGCGCAGCCCAUCAAUCGCAUCUUCAGAUACUUGCAAAAUAGAUCUCGGAUUGAGGUGUGGCUUUAUGAACAAGUGAACAUGCAGAUAGAGGGCUGUGUCAUUGGUUUUGAUGAGUACAUGAACCUUGUAUUGGGUAAUGCAGGAGAGAUUCAUUCUAAAACAAAGUCAAGAAAACAGCUGGGUCGGAUCAUGCCAAAAGGAGAUAAUAUUACCCUGCUCCAAAGUGUCUCCAACUAG